AAUUUCCAGCUGGGGCAAACGAGUAGUCUUCAGCUAUGAUGAUUAUGCCUAUAGCUAACUGUUGAAAGAUGGCUUCAUCUUGCUGCUAAGCUGAUUCAAAGGCUGAUGGUUACAGGAAAUUUAUAGCUGCAAAAAAAAGAAUGGCUUCCGUCGGUUGAUGCUUAUCAGUUUUAUGUGUGAUCUUUUUUUUGUUUAUCAGCAAUAUUUUUUCUUUCAAAUGCUGUGUCGUUUUACUUGUGCAGACGUUAGGUUGGUGUGGCUGUCUCUCUAUGCACUAUUCUUUUAGAUGUUUCUAGAGAACCCGGUGUCAUCAGCUCACUGUCUAUUUUGUCUCUUAUGUAACCACCUAUAAAUACCAUUUUUUCUCUUUGUUAAAUGAAGAGUGUGUACAGCACACUGUUUUGUGCUCAUCAAGAAUUUUUCUCUUUCCUCGAUAAGAAUUUUCUCAGCUUCUCUGUUUUUUAGCUCAUUCAUUUUUCCAGAUUUCUUAGUCAAUCAACACUAACCAAUUUGGGAGGACAUGGACAGUUAAACCUGCUUGUUGCCCAAUUCAAUUCCUCUCCCCAACUAAUUUUCUCCAAAGAAGAUGGUUAACUUGCUUGUUUCCUUUGUUAUUAUACUCAGCUUAUUGGUAGCAGGAUCCUUGAAAUUUGCAUUCGCCUUGGGGAACAAAACUGACAGAAUAGCUUUGCUUUCUAUAAAGGAUCAACUUGUUGGUGCAGGAGCUCUGGAUUCAUGGAAUGCUUCUCUCCACUUCUGUGAAUGGCAAGGUGUUACAUGUGGUCGUCACCACCAGAGGGUCACUGCACUGGACUUGGAUGGUUUGAAAUUAGCUGGAUCCUUGUCUCCUUCGAUUGGCAAUUUAACCUUCCUCAGAAAACUUAAUCUGUCUGACAAUAGCUUGCGAGGUAACAUACCCAAGGAAGUUGGCUACUUAAGGCGGUUGCGCGUUCUUCACCUGUUUCAAAACAAUCUUCAUGGAAAAAUCCCUGUAGAGCUUGCCAAUUGCUCAAAACUCCAAGCGAUUGCUUUAUUUUAUAAUGACCUCACUGGUGAAGUUCCUUUCCAGUUGGGUGAUUUGCCGAACGUCAUCAUACUCAAUUUAGGUGCCAACAAUUUAGUUGGGGGUAUUCCAUCUUCUUUAGGAAACCUUUCAUCAUUGUGGAAGCUCUCGCUUGCUCAUAAUCAUUUGGAGGGAAAUAUCCCUGAUGCUCUGGGCAGGGCCUUAAACUUGAGAAUUCUUUUUCUCGGGGUCAACAACCUGGCUGGUUCUUUUCCUCUCUUAGUUCACAAUCUUUCUUCCUUGGAAAAGAUUGACUUGGCUGUGAACAAUUUCUCAGGGAGUCUUGCAGCUAUGACAGGUAUUUCUUUUCCAAAUCUUCGAGAAUUUCUUGUUGGAUUUAAUCAAUUAAUUGGAACUAUUCCAAGGUCAAUAUCUAAUAUGUCUAAUCUGGAGGCAUUGGACAUUAUUGACAAUAGUUUCAGCGGAUCUGUUCCUCAAGAUUUGGGAAACCUCAAGAAUCUUAAAUGGUUUAAUAUAGGCGACAACAACUUUGGAAAUGGGAAGACAAGAGACUUGGAUUUUCUUUCUUCUUUGAGCAAUUGUAGCCUAUUACAAUUUUUGAAUAUACAGAAUAAUCGAUUUGUUGGCCUAUUGCCACAAUCCAUAGGCAAUUUAUCAAUCCAGCUCAGCAUGCUUUUUAUGGGAUGGAACUCGAUCUAUGGAAAUAUUCCUGAUGAAAUUGGUAAUCUUGUGGGCCUAACUCUUCUAGAUAUGAGGAGUACUGCCCUGGCGGGUACCCUUCCAACUUCUAUUGGGAAGCUUCAAAAUCUUGAAAGAUUGUUUAUCGGUUGGAAUAACUUUUUAGGUGAAAUCCCAUCUUUUAUUGGCAACCUUUCUCACUUGUUUGAUUUUCUUUUAAACAAUAACAAUUUUGAAGGAAGAAUUCCAGUUGCCCUUAGAAAUUGUAAAAAUAUGCAAUUCUUGGAUAUUGCCAAAAAUAAACUUAGCGGUAGUAUACCAGAUCAACUAUUUAAUGCUUUUACAAAUUUGAUUUUGGUCAACAUGUCUUACAACUCAUUGACCGGUCCCCUUCCAUCAGAUUUUGGUAACCUAAAGAACUUGGUAGAAUUAUAUGUUUAUGAAAAUAAAUUGUCUGGUGAAAUUCCAAAAACACUUGGCGAGUGUUCUGAAUUAACGAUACUUGAUAUGGCUGGAAACUUCUUCCAAGGUAGCAUUCCCUCGUCUUUUGGCUCUUUGAGAUCUCUUGAAUUGUUAAAUCUUUCUCACAAUAAUCUAUCAGGUACCAUACCACAUGAACUAGAAAAGCUUCCAUUUUUAAUCAGUUUGAACCUUUCUUUCAAUCACUUCAAGGGUGAAGUUCCAAAAAGAGGGGUUUUCAAUCAAUCUAGUGCAUUUUCAAUUGUGGGAAACAAAAAUCUUUGUGGUGGGAUACUUGAAAUAAAGCUCCCAAAGUGCAUCAGUCAGGAGCCAAGGAAAAAGGGGAAUGCUUUGUCGACCAAAGCCAUCAUUAUUUUGAUCCUUGGCAUUCUAAUUGCCUCUGUUUUGGUCGUGCUUCUCUUCAUUUGUUGUUGGGGACAAAGGUCUGGAAAGAAGCUUAUCCUUGCAGGUUUGUUGGGUGAUAGAUACUUGCGGGUAUCCUACAAAGAGCUUCUGCAAGCAACUGGUGGUUUUGCAUCUUCCAACUUGAUUGGUAUGGGAAGUUUUGGCUCUGUGUAUAAAGGAGUUCUUCAUCAACAAGAAAAACCUGUUGCAGUGAAGGUACUAAACCUUCAAAAUCGUGGCGCAGCAAAGAGCUUUACAGCUGAAUGCAAGGCUUUAAGGAAAGUUCGACAUCGCAAUCUUCUCAAAAUUAUAACUUCCUGCUCAAGCAUUGAUUACCAAGGCAAUGAUUUCAAGGCUUUAGUUUUUGAAUUCAUCCCUAACGGUAGUUUGGACAGUUGGCUUCAUGAGCAACAUGAGUCAAGGUAUUUGAACUUUGUUCAAAGGUUAGACAUAGCCAUAGAUGUAGCCAAUGCAACAGAUUACCUUCAUCACAAUUGCGAGGUGGUAAUUGUCCACUGUGAUCUAAAGCCUUCCAAUGUUCUUCUUGAUGAUGACAUGGUUGCACAUGUCACUGAUUUUGGAUUGGCUAAGCUCCUGUCUAGCGACACAGACACUAUGGGCGAUGAUCAAACAGGUUCCUCAAUGAUGAAAGGAACAAUUGGUUAUGUUCCCCCAGAAUAUGGCACGGGCGGGACAGUGUCCCCAGAAGGUGAUAUCUACAGCUAUGGGAUUCUGCUCUUAGAGAUGAUCACCAGAAGGAGACCAACGGAUGGUAUGUUUCAUGGCGGCUUAAGCCUUCACAAUUUCUGUAAGAUGGCACUGCCUGAUCGGUUGAAGGAGAUUCUCGAUUUUCACUUGCUCGCACAACUUAGUGAAAACAACGAGAGAUCAAGAAGUCAACCGAACAGGGAAAGAGAGAUGUUGGAGAGUUUGGUUUCUUUCACUAAAAUAGGAGUUGCAUGCUCUGCAGAAGCACCUGGUGAAAGAAUGGGAAUCAAAGAUGCUAUUACACAACUACUUGCUAUCAAGGCAAGGUUGCUUCGCACUGGGAUCCAUAGAAGGGACAGGAGAUAGGCAGCAGCAGCAGCUGGUGAAUCGGAAGCAAACUUCUACUCAAUGUUCUCAAUGUUUUGUGUCAAGAAUGGAUAUUUGAACUUUGUUUUGCUUGUCUUAGAAUCGUUUGAACUAGAAUUGUCUGCUGUGAUUUCAAAAGACUUGGCUUUGGAAAGUGAAAACUGUAUUUGUGGUGUGAAA